AACAUGUGUCUGUGAAUGGGACAAACUGGAAAGGUUAAUGGGUUCAAUCAGUUUGGUUACAAUGGAGAGGACGACAUCGUCUUUAAUCUGGAAACUGAAACAUGGAUCGCCCCAAAACACCAAGCCAUGAUCACAAAAAUGAAAUGGGACAGAGACGAGGCAAAAAUUCAAAAGGAUAAAAUGUAUUUGACUGGUGUGUGUGUUGACUGGUUAAAGAAGUAUCUUGAAUUUGGAAAAGAGCCCCUGAUGAGAACAGAGCUCCCCACUAUGUCCCUCCUGCAGAAGUCGUCCUCGUCCCCGGUCACCUGCCACGCCUCAGGUUUCUACCCCAACAGAGCCAUGCUGUUCUGGACUAAAGAUGGACACGAGCUCUAUGAGGGCGUGGACCCCGGGGAGAUCCUACCCAACCACGACGGGACCUUCCAGAAGAGUGUGGAGCUGGACGUGUCCUCUGUCCCAUCUGGAGACUGGGGCAGGUACCACUGUGUGUUCCAGCUGUCUGGAGUCAAAGAGGACGUCCUCACACAACUGGACAAAGACAGCAUCAGGACCAACGAGAGGAAAAUGCACAUGUCUCCCAUCAGUAUAACUGUCUGCAUAAUCCCUGCACUCGUGGUCUCUGUUGCUCUGCUGUGCGCUGUUGUCCUCUUCCUCAAAAUCAAGAACUAUGGGACAGAGGCAAAAUCUCCACUAUAUCCUCCAUCUUACUCUGAGGUUGAAUCUCAUCCUAAAGCCUGAAUAAGCAACACACAUUUUGCACUAACACUUUACAGUCCUGGUUUUAGCCCAGUUUAGUCCUAAAGUAGACUUGGUUUGGUCCUGUUCAGGUCCUGAUUUAGUCUAGUUCUGGUUUAAGUUCAGGGUUUAGUCCCAGUUUAGGGCUGCAACAAUUAAUCAGAAUAAUCAUAAAUGACUUCUUAAAAUCAUGGACUAGUUUAAUAAUCGUUAAUAUUUUUCUGGAGCAUAAACAGACAUGUACCAGGAAAACAUUUGAUCACAAAGGAAACAGCACCAUUAUUAAAUCAAAAUGAGACGGGAAGAAAGUUUAUUUUGAGAUAUUGUGGCUUGUCGACUACUAAAAUAAUAGUUGCAGCUCUACAGUUUUGAACGUUGCAGUGUGAAGCGUUAGUGGUUAAACAGAGUGGAACAUCUUAUCUGCUGCAGCGCGGGUUUGAGUCUCCAUCGUUUGGCCAAAAGUCUCUACCACUGUAUUCUCGGAUACUCUGUUGUGUCAAUAAGCCCUAAAAUGGUCCAGAAAUAAUAAAAAACACACAUGGAGAACUUAGUUACAGCUUAAUAAUGUCAUUGUAUCUUUUUAAGUUAAGACGACUGUAGUGGACACUUCUUAAGCUUUAAUAAAAUAUAUUUAAUAGCUUUAAACAAAAUAAUCUUUACUUCUUCUGGGUAUAUGGCUCUCACAUUCAUAAAACAGGAUGAUUUUUACUGGACAGUUAGAAACCACAGUGUUGUAACAGCUUGUUUGUGAAAUAAUAAUAAAUAGAUGAAAAUAGACAGUGAGCGGUGCCACAAACAGGGACAGUGAUGUAGUGAUUGUCAGUGUUUGCAUGUUCUCCCUGUGUCUGGGUGAUGUCCUUUGAGUACUCUGCUUUACCUUAUCAACCUGAACAUACACAAUAGACCCCUCCUCCAGCUAAAGUCGUCCUGACCGAGCCUAAGUCGAGAUGUGGAGAUGGUCCCUGGUUGUGCCCUGUGGCCCCUGCUCCUGACAGCAGCAUUGAAGCAGCAUUGACCUGAGUGGACAGGGACACUCAAGUAUAUCUUAAACUUAACUUGGCCUUGUUUUUCUCACAUUGGUCGAGUGCUUUAUAACAUCAAGUUGUAGUUUUAUGCUGAAUUCCCAUCAUUAGUUCAUCAUAUCCACUUUGACAUAUUGGGGGUCGUGUUUAGUGAAACUUCAUUUUGUAACUGUGCAGUGUAUGAAACGUAAGACCUCAAGUGCUCUCAUUGUGUUUCCCUGCAUGAAUAAAGAUAAAGAAAGAAGAAAGAAAGGCUUUUUAGUAGUGAACUCCAUCGAGACGUAUAUAAAAACCACUCAGCACAUUUUAGACGCUCUUGCACUUUUCACUCAUUCUGUUUUUGCUCUUGUUUGUGAGUUUUAUGCAGUGGAACAAAUAUAUUUAUAAGAGAUCAACCAAUAUGUUUUUGUUCAUGGUCGAUGCCGAUUGUUUAGAGUCAGAGUCUGCCCAUAUUUUGGAUUAUUUUGCCCAGUUUAUAUCAUUUAACUUGACUACAAACCCCCACAGUCCUGUUUUACUGCACACUGGAGUACAGAGCUGUGUAGUCAUGUUUUGUGCACUUGUCUUUUCGCUCUGUUCACAUAAGAAUAUUCACGUUCUUUAUGCGUCUGGUCGACUCAAACGGAAUAUCGGCCUCUGCUGGAGAUUUAAGGCCGAUAGGUGAUAGGUUAAAAACUGCAAAUAUCGGCACAUCGAUCUAUCUCAAAUAUUGAUCCAAAUGUAGAUGAACAUUUAUUGGUGUUUAUUUUAAAAAGUGAAUAUUGUUGCUUUGAUGUGAAGUUUCCAGUUACUGCCUUUGUGUCCUACGUCCAUGUAAUGCUGCGUAUAAAUAAACUAGUUAAAUCUGUAGUUGUGAUGAUAUUUUUGGAGUAUUUUGUUUUGUGUAAGUGAUAAACAGCAGCACUGAUCAUCCUCCUUCAAUAAUAACACUGUAUUGGUUUUCACUGGAGGAGACCUGUCUUUUGUCUUUCAAUCCACUUUUUAUGUAGGAAAUACGACAAUUUAUAAACAGUUUCCAAAGUGUCCUUCUACUGAAACACAGUUAACAUCAUUAUAUUUAAGAUUUUACAUGUACAUUACAUUUUUUACCCCCAGUUUGGCCAUUUUUUAGUUUUAACAUUGUACUUCCUGGUUGGAGAUCAUGACAUCACACUAGGAAGUUUCAUAACUGUUACCUAGCAACCAUGUGGUAUAUGGUCCAGAACUCUUCUAAUGUAC